AUGGGCGCUUGCCUUUCUUCCCGAAGCACAAAGCGAUCUCAUCAGACACGAGAAUGCUCAAAAGGGUCAUCGGCAGCAACAGUCAAGAUCGUCCGAGCCGACGGCAAAGUUCGACAGUACAAAGAGCCGCUGCAAGCGAGGCUCAUCACCUCCCAGAACCCGAGCUUCUUCCUCUGCAGCUCCGAGUCGCUGUCCCUCGAUUCUUGCCCGCCUCAGGUCGCCGAGGAAGAAGAGCUGCAGGCCGGCCAAAUCUACUUCUUGCUGCCGCUGGCUCUCGCCCACAAGCCCCUGAGGCUCCCCGAUUUGUGCGAUCUCGCAAUCAAGGCGAGCUCGGUCGUCGGCAACGACGGCGUCGAGAUUUUGUCCGCUGAUUCCAAAUUCAUUCCGAGUUGA